AUGGUGAGAGGGAAGAUUGAGAUGAAAAGAAUUGAAAAUGCCACAAGCCGGCAAGUGACCUUCUCAAAACGUCGAAAUGGGUUGUUGAAGAAAGCCUUUGAGCUUUCAGUUCUCUGCGAUGCUCAAGUUUCCGUCAUCAUCUUCUCUCAGAAAGGCAGGCUAUAUGAGUUCUCCAGCUCUGACAUGCAAGAAACUAUAAAACGAUACCACAAACAUGCAAAGGCUGGGCAAACCAACAAGAUUGAAGUGGAAGAAUAUGUGGAGCAAUUGAAGCAUGAAUCGACUGCUAUGGCCAAGAAGAUAGAGAACCUAGAAGCUUCUCAACGGAAGCUUUUGGGACAUGGCUUGGACUCUUGCUCUGUCGAGGAGCUCCAAGAGAUCACUGGCCAGCUGGAGCGAAGUGUACGCAAGAUAAGAGAGAGAAAGGCUCAUUUAUUUUCGGAGCAGAUGGAGCAAUUAAGGGCAAAGGAGAGGCUCCUCUUAGAAGAGAAUGCAAAGUUAAGUGAAGAGUUUGAUGCACGGCCGAGGCUGUUGCUGCAGCAGCAGCAGCUUUCAGUUGAAGAAAAAGGAGCUGUGAGCUACUGGAGUCAAAGUAGCCUGAGUUCUGAGGUGGAGACUGAAUUGUUCAUCGGACUGCCGGUGACGCGCUGUUGA